AGACAGACUGAGUCGUGACGUUAUGCGACUAGCGUAGAUUUGUAAAUGGAGAGCACCGCGUUCACAUCACGUUUCAAAUGCGGGUUGAGUCCAGGCACAUGAUGUACAGAGCCGCUCCGUGGACCGCGUCUGCACCUAAUUCACGGAUACACGCUGUUUAUCAAAUUAACUAGCCGCACACACGUGCUGUCUCUGCUCCUUCCCAAACAUAAAACUACAUCAUUGCCAAAGGAACGAACAGUUUUGAAUCAUCGGAGGCCACACUCUUCACUGAAGCUGAACCCUGCUGUACCUCAUGAGUUUUGUGGAGUACUCCGAGAUAAUCCAAGAAGGGGAUGUGGUCAUUAUCUUCCUGGGUCAUGAGUCCAUGAUGCCUGUUAUGGUUCAGUCAGGAGCUCAGACGCAAACCCGCUAUGGGGUCAUCCGGCACUCCAGCGACCUGAUCGGACAGCGGUUUGGGUCCAAAGUGACCUGCAGUAAGGGUGGUUGGGUUUAUGUGCUUCACCCCACACCAGAGCUGUGGACUGUCAACCUUCCCCACCGAACACAGAUCCUCUACACUACAGACAUCGCUAACAUCACACUGAUGCUGGAGCUCAAACCAGGCUCUGUCGUCUGCGAGUCAGGUACAGGCAGCGGCUCUCUGUCUCACUCUAUUCUGCGGACCAUUGCUCCCACCGGCCACCUGCACACAGUGGAGUUCCACGCUCAGCGAGCUGAAAAGGCCAUCCAGGAGUUCAAGGAGCACAAGGUGUCUCACCUGGUUACUGUUAGAAACCAGGAUGUGUGCAAGGAUGGCUUUGGCAUCACCGGAAUAGCCGAUGCAGUGUUUUUAGACAUCCCCUCUCCAUGGGAGGCAAUCACACAUGCCAAGAGCGCCAUUAAAUGCAAAGGAGGUCGUAUCUGUUCCUUCUCGCCAUGUAUAGAGCAGGUCCAGAGGACUUGUGAGGCAUUAUUGGACCAUGGCUUUGAGGAGAUCUGCACACUGGAGGUUCUGCUCCGGGUACAUGACGUUCGUACUGUCACUCUGCCCUCACCAGACUUCGGACCGGAGGAGGACUCCAGGAGCAGCCAGGUGGCUUCAGAUCUUAGUCAAGAUGAAGUCCCAAACUCUGGGAACACCUCUGUGAUCUGCAGGACUGCCACACCUCCCAGAGAAAUGGCAGGACACACAGGAUACCUCACCUUUGCUACCAAACCACGUGACUAGAGGCAUAAUUGAAGCUGAUGGAGACUGUUGUAGAGUUUAAAGGGAUACUUCACCCCAAAAUGAAAAUUGUCAUUAAUCACUUACCCCCAUGUCGUUCCAAACCCACAAAAGUUUAGUUCAUCUUCGGAACAAAAUUUAAGAUAUUUUAGAUGAAAACCGGGAGGCUUGAGACGGUCUCAUAGAUUGGCAAGUAAAUAACAGUGUCAAGGUCCAGUUAAGUAUGAAAAGCAUCGUCAUAAUAGUCCAUCUCCCAUCACUGUUUCAACCGUAAUGUUAUGAAACGACGAGAAUACUGUUUGUUAGCGAAGAAAAAAACAAAAAUGGAUUCAACAAUUCCUUUGUCAACAGUCUUCUCUGUGUCUCUCCACAUCACUCAAACUGCCUACGCUCUUCUGUGUCAGCCGCGCCAUAAGGAUUUCUACUUGAUUUCACAAGGUUUCUAUGUGUAUUUAGGCUUUUAUUUGAAAGAAAACAGUGCAUCCUUGUGGCGUGGCUGAAACAGAAGGCUGUUUGAGUGAUGUGGAGAGACACAGAGGAGACUUUUCGACAAAGGAAUUGUUAAAUAAAGUCGUUAUUUUUGUUUUCACUUACAAACAGUAUUAUUGUUGCUUCGUAACGUAACGGUUGAACCACUGAUGGCAGAUGGACUAUUCUGAAGAUGCUUUUCAUACUUUUCUGGACUCUUACAGUGUAACUAACUUGGCGGUCUAUGGGACAGUCUCAAGAUUUCAUCUAAAAUAUCUUAAAUUAUGUUCUGAAGACGAAAGAAGAUUUUACGGGUUUGGAACGACAUGGAGGUAAGUGAUUAAUGACAAAAUGUUCAUUUUGGGGUGGAAUAUUCCUUUAAGAAUAAAUGCAGACUCUCUAAAUAUCUUGAAUGUAAGGACGUCACCUGAACACACCUUUGUAUAGUCUUUUUUUUGUUAGCUUUAUUUAGUUAUAAAAAAGAACGGUUAACAGCUAGAUGGGCUUUUACAUUAAUUUAUAAGUUCAUGAUAUAUAAAAACUCAGUACAGGUUGAUGCUCCAUUGUUUAUUGUUUGCCUUUUUUUUUUAGUUGAUUGUUUUACUACAAUAAAUUAUAUUGGAAUGGAGAAAAAACCCUAUCUUCAUAGUUUCUUUCUCUUGUGCUCUUUACAUGGUGGCUUUGUAUGACUGUCAGCUGCUGAAUGCAGCUAGUACACAGAUAUCUGUCCCCUCAUAGAGAACACAAGAUAGAGUGACUUGGAAAUUUAUGCUCCCCAUGACGGGUUUUAUUUUAGAGCAGAAUGUCAGACAACAUCAUGAAAGCUUUGAUUGUGGUGUUUCCAUUUGUGUUCAUUUAUGUGGUGAUAGCAGUGUCUUUCCACUGGUGCUCUCAGUUCAAGGCUGUUACGGCCUGUUUUGUAUCUGUUGUGUAUAUUACUUUCUUGUAUGUGGAAUGUAAGAUACUGAAGAACAAUGUGCCAACAUCUGGUACGUUAUAUCUGAAAUUAUCUGCUAAGAGAUCUUCUAUUAAUGUCUCCAUAAAAGGUGUUCCUUCUGCAAUCUGAGAUUUUCACGGAUGCUGUACAGAGGUGGAUUUAUUUCUUAUUCUCUCACUCUCUCAAAUGCUCAGUGUGUUAUUAACCUUUUGCGCUCGAUUUUUGGGAAACAAGGAUGGUAAGGAUGGUCUAAUAGUCAGAAAUAUAGUUACAAGCUGUGUUUGGAAUGGUUUAGUAGCAUAUUGUACAUGAUAUAGUUAAUACCGCCUGCUAUAAAAAAAAAAAAAAGUUAAUCGGGAUGCAUUAGGCAACGUUAAUAGUUUAAACAUUGAUAAGUUAUACCAUUUCAUUGCACGUGAGGUUCAGUGGUCGGUUGCCAUCUUGGGAAUGAUAAAUGUUGAUACUAUAAAAGCCUAUAAUUAUUUUCACGUGAUGAUUAUAAAUGGUAUUAAAAUGUAGAGAGAAAAACAUUAAAAUCAAUAGUUUAUAUAUAUAUAUAUAUAUAUAUAAUUCAUUAUUUUUCUCAAAAUUCUAAAAACAAUACCCCAUAAUGACAAUGUGAAAGAAGUUCUUUGCAAUAAAAAUACACGUACACAAGUUUUCACAUGGCUUUGCUCCCCUUUGGCACCAAUUGUGGUGUUGCAUAUAAUCCCUUAAACCCUUCUCUAGGCAAAGGGUUUGUAAUAAAAAAAAAAAUAGACUGUUGCCAUGGUCACAUGAUUUGUUAAUGCAAGUAGCGGUGUUAGUUUUCACAGAAAACAAUAUACAAUGGAUAAGAAAAACAAAAAAGAAAACUUUAUAUGAAAGAGAAGGACCAGAUGACACAGAAACUCAAAUUGUUAAUCAAAACAAAAAAUUCCAAAAAAUUAUUUACUCACCCACUUUUAUGCAUCUUUGAUUAAAUAAAGAUCUCUCAUAAUUUCUGUCCAUGUAGAGUUUCUCAGGUACUAGUGUGAAUAAAUAUAUAUUUAAAAGAAA